CGGCCAUUUUUUUAUUUAACUCAUUCAUGAAAAGUUAUGCAAACAUAACAAAGAUAUUAAAGGCGACCAUGAUGGCAUGUUUUAGUGAAGUAUCUUAAUGAACAGGCUGAUCGGGGGCUGUUGGAACAGGUGCCGGAGCAGCAGGAGGGUACAGGACUGAGCCGGGAGGGAGCUGCACUGGGAAUACUGGAAUACUGCCAUCAGACUCCGGCUAAAUAAUCAGGAAAACAUGAGGAAAAAACAGAACGUGAAAAACAGGAAGGCAGAAGAGACGGCGGUUGUUCAAGAGUUUGCGGUGGAAAAAAUCAUCCGCAGAAGAGUCAACGAUGGAAAAGUGGAGUACUAUCUGAAGUGGAAAGGGUUUACAGAUGCUGAAAACACCUGGGAGCCGGAGGAUAACCUGGACUGCCCAGAGCUGAUAGAAGAAUUCCUCAGGAACGUGGGCGCCGUAGGUGAGGCUGAGAUGGACGGCGGCUUUCCUUCGGUCCCUGUUAUCCAGCCGAAAGAGGAACAGACUGAGCUAGAGGCUUAUGCUUUUCAGAGAGAGGAAACAGAGACGGGAGAAUCCGGUGACCACAACAUGACCGACAGUGAUCGAGUGUUUUUUCCAGAACCAGAGCGCAUCGUUGGCUCGACUGACCGACACGGAGAGCUCAUGUUCCUCAUUAAAUGGAAGAACACCGACGACGCAGCGCUGCUUUCAGCCCGGGAGGCCAGCGUGAGGUGGCCCAAGAUGGUCAUCUCGUUCUACGAGGACAAGCUGAGCUGGCGUGGUGAAGAGGAACCGUAACUACAGAGCAGAUGAAACGUCCAGGCAGCUUUAAUCGUGUAGAAUGUGUUUUCCACUGUGCGAGUCCACGACACUGUGAAACGUUUUAGCACACUGAACCCGCUGUGACAUCGAACGUACUGUAGACGUGAACUGUAGCUCGUCUUUAUUAUUAUUAUUAUUAUUUUUUGUAUUGUAUUGUACACAUCAGUGUUUCUCAACUGGUGGGUCUGGACCUAGAAGACGUUAUGGGAGGAUUGUUAUGGUUAGAUUGUGGGAAUGUAAAGAAAAUAUAGCAAGAAUUUUUGGCCUCAGCCUGUGUAUCGUCCGUCCGUGUGAACCCGUGUUAGCGUUUCCUGUACUGUGAUGAAGACCAGUGAUCUGUGAUCUCAGAGCUGUAGUUUUUUUGCACAAAGAUAAAAAAAACCUAGUAGCACUUAAAGCUUUUAAAGUUGACUUUAAAAUACAAAUAAAAGUUUGUUGUGUUCCAGCUCA